UCUUGAGCGACAGAGAUCGGGCCGUCGUCUUCGUUCGGCUCCUCUUCCACAUUUCCGCCGCUGCUGCGACGCCGAUUAAGAUGUUAUCAUUCAUUAGGGACAUCCUAUGGCAUCUUAGAGACCAGAAACUUAUGGUAUUUGGUCUUAUCUUCAUCGUUUCAUCACUUAUCAAGGUGGACAGUUAUAAUAAGAUUUCUGACCAUGUUGGAAAAAGCAGUCAGAGACUUGUUGGCUGUUGGCCAUUCUCUGAAGCAUAUCUUACUAGUUCAUACUUUGCACAACAGAAAAGCCUGUUUGAUUCAGAUUGUCAUGAUUAUCUAGCUGGAGAGUAUAGUUCCGGUGACUUCUGUAAAGGGAUGGCUAGUGAAAUUAGCUUGCUUCAACUUUCAGAUCUCCAGCGACGACUUCAUGGUGAAGGAUCUCAUCGUCACUUAAUAUCCACCUUGAAAUUCAUGAACAGAUCAUACAUUAGGUCUUUGCUUGACUCUCACGACUGCAAAGCAGUAAUAAUCGAGAGACUUCCAAUCGGUGUUUUUGCUGAUUUAUUUGAGCUACAGCAUCUUGUCCACCGCAAAGUUUUUGUGGACGCUGCUGUUUUCGGAGACACAAAUUUGGAAUUGCCCUCUGCACUCUCCAACAGAUCAAUUGUUGAGGUUCACAUGAAUAUUGGCCAUGAGAAUCCUUUGAGGGGCUAUGAAACUGUACUGGAACUUCCUCUGCAUGCUAGAUACCCGCCCCUUGAUGAUAGUGGCUAUGCAGAAGUCCAAUUGGGACAUCCGGAUUUGUUUCUGCAUUGCAGGUCAAAGGAAGCUCAGUCAGAACCGUGUUUGUGGAGACUCACUGAAGUCAAUGCUGGGCCUGCAGAGGCAGUCAUGUGGCGUGUUCCUUCUGGGAAUGAUGCACACAGAGGCAUUGUAUCCAGUGUUACUUUUGUUUCAGCAUUGGUUUGUGCUCUAUCUAUUGUUGUUUCUGCUAUUACUUCUAGAAACAAAGAUGUCAGACGGUCAAGAUGACCAUCUAAGAAUGAUUCUGCUUGCAUUUCAUGUCAGCGGCUCUCUUAUUCUAAUUCUCAUAAAUUCUUUGCAGAGGUUUUCUCA